CCGGGAUCCCAGUGGAGAUGGAGGAAGAUGCGAACCGAGUCUGGCUGUCGCUGGGACUGGAGGGUAGUGCGGGGGCUUCGGUCUAGGAGUCCCAGUCUCAGACGCGGCUAAAGCGCCGGGGUCUGAGAAGGUAAGCGACCACGGUGCUUGGGUGCCUUGAAGGGUCAGAGGUACCUAAGGUUCAACUUGCCGAGGAGGCAGCGGAUAUCUGUCUGCUCUGCGGGGCUGCAUCGCCAUGGGAAGCCGCUCCGCAGUUUUGGCAACGAAAGGCAAGUCCCCCGAGGCGUCUCGUCCUGGCCGAGGAGCAUGAGAGACUGACAGCUAGAGAAGCGUGACGAGGGGCAUGCCCGAGGACCCAGAAUUGCCCCUGCAAGAGCCUGACAGAAGGUCUCCGGGCACAAUGGAGGACAAACGGAACAUCCAGAUCAUCGAGUGGGAGCACCUGGACAAGAAGAAGUUCUAUGUGUUUGGUGUUGCUAUGACAAUGAUGAUCAGGGUCAGCGUGUACCCGUUCACCCUCAUCCGCACCCGCCUGCAGGUCCAGAAGGGCAAGAGCCUCUACCACGGCACCUUCGAUGCCUUUGUCAAGAUCCUGCGGGCAGAUGGAGUGGCGGGCCUCUACCGGGGGUUCCUGGUCAACACCUUUACACUCAUCUCCGGCCAGUGCUACGUCACCACUUACGAGCUCACCCGGAAGUUUGUGGCUGACUACAGCCAGAGUAAUACAGUCAAAUCACUGGUAGCCGGGGGCUCCGCCUCCCUCGUGGCUCAGAGCAUCACGGUGCCCAUCGAUGUUGUCUCCCAGCAUCUGAUGAUGCAGCGGAAGGGUGAGAAAAUGGGUCGCUUCCACGUGCGCGGGAACCUAGAGGGACAAGGGUUGAUUGCCUUCGGCCAGACUAAGGACAUCAUCAGGCAGAUCCUUCGGGCCGACGGCCUCCGAGGCUUCUACCGGGGCUACGUGGCCUCUCUGCUCACGUACAUCCCAAACAGUGCAGUCUGGUGGCCCUUUUACCAUUUCUAUGCAGAGCAGCUGUCGCGCCUGUGCCCUCAGGAGUGCCCUCACAUUGUCUUUCAAGCCAUCUCUGGGCCCCUGGCUGCAGCCACUGCCUCCAUCCUCACCAAUCCCAUGGAUGUCAUCAGAACCCGUGUGCAGGUUGAAGGCAAGAGCUCCAUCAUCCUGACCUUCAGACAGCUGAUGGCGGAAGAGGGACCUUGGGGUCUCAUGAAGGGCCUCUCAGCGCGAAUCAUCUCGGCUACACCCUCCACCAUCGUCAUCGUGGUAGGCUACGAGAGCCUCAAGAAGCUCAGCCUGCGACCCGAGCUGGUGGACUCGAGACACUGGUAGCGAGGGGUGGAUGGAGAGGCUGUGGUUUCACACAUUACUCUGGGCCAGGGCACAACAGGGAGGAUAACCGCCCCUGUGAAUGCCACCACCACACACCCAUCCUGCCCCAGGUUGUCUGUCAGGGAUAAGUGAGGAGACUUUGGACUGCUCAUUCUGCAGAGGUUCCAUGCCUGGCUUCCCUCAUCCCCAUCAUUUUAUUUCUCCUGCAGAUCUGGGCCCUUCACUCAGUCCUUAUACUCAGUCAUGGCCACAGGACCCCGUUAGCCCCUCACUGGUGCCCCUCUCUCUGUCCUUCCCUCAGGCCUGGAGAAGAGCCACUCUUCAUUUGCUUGUCCCCUGCUUCUUCCUCUCGAGCCUUAGGCCAGGGCUCUGAAUAGCUGCCCAGGGUCUAUUUAUUUUUUAUGCCUGCUUAUUUUAAAUUUGGGACUUGAGUUGUUCAUUGCUCUGCCCUGCCUUUGGGGGACAAAUUGGAGCAGCACACACUCUGCAGAGCGUUCGUCUUCUCAGGCAGUUACUAGGAGGGAGAAAUGCUAAGGCUUCGUAUGCGUACCUGAACAUCUGUGAGUGAGCCAACUAAUGCGGAUAGCUCAGUCUGCUGUCAGACCCCACUCCUUGGAGGAGUGGAAAACUGUGACACCAAUCUCAAUUCCUUAUCCCUCUUCCCUGUCCCUUCAGGCCUGGGAACCUACAGACAGAAGGAGCUGCUGGCCUUCAUUGGCCCAGGUGACUACAGUAGAGGGCCCAGUUGUAAGUGGGUCAGACUCACUAGAGAACACUGUCCUUGGAACUUUGCCCUGAAGCCAGGUUGAAAGAGUCACUGGCUCAGAUGUGUGUUCCUCACUCUUAACUCCUCAGGCCAGCUGAGCCAAGCCCUGGAGGUGCCACCAAGGUUCUGAGCCUGAGGCAGCAGUGCUACAGGCACACCCGUCACUCAGAUGUAUAGCAACAGGCGUCUCACAGUGGGACUCUGGAAUAUGGACUGUCCUUGUUUUUCUUGUCCUUGUGAAGUGUCAUCCCGGUCAUGGUACCCUGUGCUGGCAACAGAAUUAAAAAAACAAAAAAAUCAGGAAGGCACCCAAGUCCAGGUCCGCCUGGUUACCAGCCUCUUACUGCCAAACCCGUUGAUGCUUCCUCCCUCAGGAGCUCCCCUCUCCCCUGCCUCUACUGAGCCUGUGUUGGUGGCAGAGAGGCACAGUGUGAGGAAUGGGGAGAAAGCAGGCAAGCCUUGCUCUAGGGCCUGGGAGCUGCUUUUGACCUAAUCAGUGGCCCUAUGCCUUGGGGAGUGCCAUGGUGCCAAGUUGGAAGGUGCUAACUGAAGCUUCAUGUUUCUCGAGGCUGCUGCACAACACUCUUCCACCCUGACCCGAUCGACCCAGUCUCCACACUUGCCCUCCUACUACUUGCUGUGGUCCGUAUUUGUCUCCUUCAGAGUCCUCCACUUUUAUUCGUCUCAGCAUUUUGGUUGUUUUUUUUUGAGACAGAGUCUCAUAUGUCCCAGGCUGGGUUUGAAUUCAUUAUGUAGCAGAGGGUAGCCUUGAACUCUUCUUGAUCUCCCUCCACCUCCCGAGUUCCUGGUUUACAGGAUGCCGCCAGGCCCCACUUCCUGCACUUUAUUGAGAGAGCCCUUAAGUCUUGCCCGUAGUCAUCUGAAGGGUGGAGCCCACAGAUCAUUUUAAAUCCUUUCGCUCCUCACAUCUACCUUAAGAGCUACCACUACAGAGGAGCAAGGGGUUUCCUACCAAGCCCUUUGUGACUGGACGCCUCUGCUCUUCUUUGGUCUUUCCUAGCAGGGCAGAGUGUGAACAUAGUUCCCUCCCACCUUUCAUGCCUCAGGUUACUCCUUCCUGACUUGCUUUUCUUGUCCGGUGUUUAAGCCUCCCCCUCGUCCUUUCUCCCUUUCCUCCUUUCCCCUUGUGUUUAAAAAGGACCUUGGACAUACAGGUAAAGGCACCCCGUCAGAACUCCUGCUUUCCCAAGGUCAGGGACUGGGAUUGGCCUUGGUGAAGAUGGGCUAGUGGGCGGCCAUUUUUCCAAAACUGGAGACCAAAACAGCUAGAAAUUUUGACCCGUUGGUCAAAACACAAAUUAGAAACUCAGCAAGACAGGAAGGCUGGCUGGAGGCGCAUGGGAAAGAAUGCACAUUCAGCAUUAGCUAGAAACGGAUUCGAGGAGAUUAGCUGUGAACAUCCACUGUUGCACUGUAUGAGAUCUUUGAAAUGUAAUUAAAAGUUUUUAUUGAGCCCCUAAAC